GCCACUGACUCCCUGCUGGCUGAAAACCACCGUCGAAGAAGAAAAAAGGCGGAAGUUGCCGAAGCUUUGAAACAGCAUAUAAAUAGCGGAAUGGCCAGAAAACUGGUGAAGUACGAGAGGAACGAGGGACAACGAAAUCAACUGGGUGAUAAUGAGAAUCACAUCUUUUUCAUCCGAAGAGAAAGUCUGACCACACACCUCCAGCGGCUGAUGAGUGAAGAGGAAGAACUUCUGCCUCAGUCGCAUGGGGGGUACUCCAGUUUGGAGCAUGAGAUGUCACUGCCCUGGCACAUUAGGGAGAAACAGAUGCAUUCACAGCUUCCUCACAUAAAAGAAGAGGAGGAUCCACAGUUGGCACACAUUAAAAAGGAAGAGGAGGAUACACCGUUGGCACACAUAGAAAAGGAACAAGAGGAUACACAGUUGCCGCAUGUUAAACAAGAAGGGGAGGAGCCAAAGAUGUCCCAUCUUAAACAGGAAGUGGAGGAGCCACAGUUGCCCCAUGUUAAGAAGGAAGCGGACGAGCCACAGUCUUCUCAUGUUAAAGGAGAGGAUCCACAGCCCCCACACAUUGAGGAAGCGACCAAUCCAACCGACCACUGUGGAAGACCACCACCAGACAACCUUUUAGCGCCACUGGCAAACAGUGAUGAAUUACCUUUGACAAUACACAAAGAUUUAAAAGAAUUUACACUGGCUACAAGGCGAAGCAAGAGGAUACCCCCAUUACAAGAUGCGGAAGAGCAUGCAGUGAAGGCAUUGGACAAGACGGCAGAAUUGGAAAUAAAAUUAAUGAAUUCAUUGAAAGGUCGGGGGUUGUUUGCCAAAGUCUGUUUCCAAAAAGGAGACUUUGUGGUGGAGUACAGAGGAGAGUUAAUUAAUUCUGAAGAAUCAAAAAAGAGAAGGAUGAGCUAUCACAAAGCAUGUGCUGUGUUCAUGUUUGACUUCUUUUGGAAAGAAGCUACAUUGUGUAUUGAUGCAUCCAUAUAUGAUGGCAGCCUUGGACGCGUCGUCAAUACUUACUCCAGACAUCCAAAUUGCCAAAUGAAGGUCAUAGCAAAGGACAAACUGCACCUCUGUUUAUUUGCUUUGAGGGACAUUCACCCGGGAGAAGAAAUUACAUGUGACCAGGAAAGAAAUGUUACACCACAGAGGCAACAGGACUGGGAUCAGCCACAAGUUCUUUCAUCAGACAAAGUUGGACUCAUCCCUCCACCUCAUUUUGUAGGGUUGUCAAAUUUGAAAGAAUCUCAGAAGCAAUGUACUAGUUCUUCCCAGCUAAAGGGCAACAGCCAGAUGAAAAAAGAGCAGAUGAAACUGGAUUCAGAUAAAGUCCUUGAGCUCAUCUUGGACGGCAGUAGUAAAGAUUACAUUCCUAAGCGUGGUGAAGAUCUGUCUUCCGGUGAUCCAAAUUCGAGUAACGUUAGUGCCUCAAUUGACCAGGAACAAGCGAUGCAGAGAUUUCCAAAUGUAGAGAGGAUGCCGGAUGUCCGUGAUGCGUGGCCAUCACGGCAAGAACGUGACUGUGCUUUGCAGCCUCCUAUUAAGCGAGGGAGCUCCCAUAUCAGAAAUAAAAGUCCCUCUGGUAAGAGAAGGAGAUAUCUCGUAUCCUGGCCAAAAGCAGACACGAGUAGUGAUAACGGCACAAAGGAACAAGAAGAGGCAGAGACUGGAUCUGUGUCAGAUGAUUCAGCACCUGACAUGCAGGAAGAUCUACCGGACUGGGCCCCAUCCCCGGAUAGAGGGUCCGUGGAUUUACCUUGCGUACCUGGUGUUAGUAAAAAAGAGGAUGGCUCAAGAAUGUACAAAAAGGAACAGUAUUGUUUGUAUGGCAAGACAGGGUCUCUAAAAAUUUCAAGGCACCGAGAGGGUGCACAUAGAGACAAGCCAGAAGUUGUACAGGCCCUCUCCUUUCCAAAAGGCUCGAAGGGAAGAAGGAUGUGUUCUGAGCGUUUAAGAAACCAGGGCAACUUUACCCACAAUGUCGAAGUUUUAAAUUCUGGCGUUGGAACGCCUGUGCCUUGCAAACGACCAAGAUGCAAAUCUCAAAUGCAAAAUUUUUUACACUGUGCAUUUUGUAAAGGCUUUUUUUUAAAACACGUCCUUUGGAAGCACAUGAAGACCUGCAAAUUUAAACCUAGUAAUCCACCAAAUCACAGCAAAACACCCAUUCAGGCUCUUUGUGCGCUUGCUGCACCACCGCCACCCGGAUUUAAGGAACAGCUUUGGAAACUGAUAAACGGCAUGAAUAUUGAUGAUGUUUAUGAAGCUGUAAAGUCCAAUCCUUGGAUCAUGCACUAUGGGGAACAUUUGUACAACAGGCAAGGACACGAUGCCACGAAACGCAUAUACAUCGGCGAUCAAAUGAGAGCGUUGGAAAGGCUGCUUGUAUGUUCCAAAAAAAACAUUCCUAUGAAAACAAUCAAAAAUCACAUGCGGCCCUCAAAUUUCAUGCAUGUGAUCCGGGCGACGAAAGACACUGCAGGUUACAACUGUGAAACGUAUACAUACAAAAGCCUUAUCUUGGCGCGCAAAAUUGGACACUGCUUGGAAAGAAUUUCAAAGUUGUUGGAAAGUAGCGCGAAUGUCCGAUGCAUCGACGGUAUUUUAAAAGAUGUCAGGGCAUUCCGUGCAGAGUAUAAAGCCAGGUGGCAAGAACUCCUACCAUCGGCUUUACUCAAAAAAUUGAAGGAGUCUAAGUGGAAAGUUCCUCAGAUGGUCUUCUUCACUGAAGAUGUGCAGAAUCUCCAUUCAUAUUUACAUACUCAGCAACAAGAUCUUUUCCAAAAACUAAACUGGGAAUCCUCCCCCGUGACACAUGGAGAACUGACAAGGGUCAUUUUGACCCAAAUCACUUUGUUUAACAGACCAAGAGCUGGAGAAAUCUCAGAAAUGCCACUUUCUGCCUAUUUGUAUUCCAUGCAAUUAAACUCACAGGAGGAUGUGAACGUUGAACUGUCGGAUCUGGAGAGGAGGCUCUUUCAGAAUUUCUGGAGAAUACAAAUAACAGGUGAAGCAGACAGACAGGUUCCUGUACAUUUGACUCCAGUGAUGCUGCAGACAUUGGAUCUUCUGGUCAGAAAAAGAAAGGAAUGUGGGAUUUUACCAGAAAACACUUACCUGUUUGCAAGACCGUCCAGUAUGAUUUUCUACCGUGGAUUUGUCACUCUUAUAAAUUUUGCCAAAGUCUGUGGCGCAAAGAUGCCGGAAACUCUGAGCUCCCAAGAAUUGCACAAGCAAAUGGGAAUCUUGUCACAAGUCCUUAAUCUCACUCAUACCGAGCUGAAUCAACUUGAUGAUUACCUGGGACACAGCAUAAACUUGCAACGACAGUUUUACCGAAUUCCUGAGUGGGUUCUCCAGCUAGCGAAAAUGAUCAAACUCAUGGUUGCUCAAGAGCAAGGACGUCUCGCUCAAUUCAAGGGCAAGUCUCUCGACGACGUUGAAAUUGAUCUUGACGAGAGUGUGCCUUUAUACAGGGACCAGGAUCAAAACCCUGAGGAGCCUCGGGACCCAAGGCCAGCCUAUGAGUCAGACCCAUUGGACUUCCAGCAGCUGAUUAGUGAAGAGGAAGAAUUUCUGCCUCAAUCGCAUGGGGGGUGCUCCAGUUUAGACCAUGAGAUGUCACUGCCCUGCCACAUUAAGGAGAAACAGAUUCAUUCACAGCUUCCUCACAUAAAAGAAGAGGAGGAUCCGCAGUUGACACACAUUGAAAAGGAACAGGAGGAUACACAGUUGCCGCAUGUUAAAAAGGAAAAGGAGGAGCCACAGUUGCUUUAUGUUAAAAAGGAAGAGGAGGAGCCACAGUUGCCCCAUGUUGAAAAGGAAGGAGAGGAACCACAGUUGUCCCAUCUUAAAAAGGAAGAGGAGGAGCCACAGUUGCUGCCUGUUAUAAAGGAAGAGGAGGAGCCACAGUUGUCCCAUGUUCAAAAAGAAGGGGAGGAGCCACAAUUGCCCCAUGUUAAAAAGGAUGGGGACGAGCCACAGUCAUCUCAUGUUAAAGAAGAAGAUCCACAGCCCCCACACAUUAAGGAGGAAGCGACCGAUCCGAAGCUCCCCAAAAUUAAAGAAAAACAGAAGCAUCCACAUCCUGUCCAGAUUAAAGAGGAAGAGGAGGAUCCAAAACUCCCCUACGUUAAAGAGCAAAAUGAUCCACAGCUCCCCCACAUUAAGGAGGAAGAGGAGGAGUUUGAUAUCAGUAAGUUGCCACUGACUGGUGACUCUGAGAAGAGUAAAGAAGACGACAAACCACCCGAGAGGUCAGUGCUUCAUCAUCACAGUCCGAGUGAAGACCACUGUGGAGGACCACCACCAGACAACCUUUUAGCUCCACUGGCAAACAGUGAUGAAGUACCUUUGACAAUGCACAAAGAUCGUAAAGAAUUUACACUGGCUACAAGUCGAAGCAAGAGGAUACCCCCAUUACAAGAUGCGGAAGAGCAUGCAGUGAAGUCACUGGACAAGACGGCAGAAUUGGAAAUAAAAUUAAUGAAUUCAUUGAAAGGUCGGGGGUUGUUUGCCAAAGUCUGUUUCCAAAAAGGAGACUUUGUGGUGGAGUACAGAGGAGAGUUAAUUAAUUCUGAAGAAUCAAAAAAGAGAAGGAUGAGCUAUCACAAAGCAUGUGCUGUGUUCAUGUUUGACUUCUUUUGGAAAGAAGCUACAUUGUGUAUUGAUGCAUCCAUAUAUGAUGGCAGCCUUGGACGCGUCGUCAAUACUGACUCCAGACAUCCAAAUUGCCAAGUGAAGGUCAUAGCAAAGGACAAACUGCACCUCUGUUUAUUUGCUUUGAGGGACAUUCACCCAGGAGAAGAAAUUACAUGUGACCAGGAAAGAAAUGCUACACCACAGAGGCAACAGAUGAAAAAAGAGCAGAUGAAACUGGAUUCAGAUAAAGUCCUUGAGCUCAUCUUGGACGGCAGUAGUAAAGAUUACAUUCCUAAGCGUGGUGAAGAUCUGUCUUCCGGUGAUCCAAAUUCGAGUAACGUUAGUGCCUCAAUUGACCAGGAACAAGCGAUGCAGAGAUUUCCAAAUGUAGAGAGGAUGCCGGAUGUCCGUGAUGCGUGGCCAUCACGGCAAGAACGUGACUGUGCUUUGCAGCCUCCUAUUAAGCGAGGGAGCUCCCAUAUCAGAUAUAAAAGUCCCUCUGGUAAGAGAAGGAGAUAUCUCGUAUCCUGGCCAAAAGCAGACACGAGUAGUGAUAACGGCACAAAGGAACAAGAAGAGGCAGAGACUGGAUCUGUGUCAGAUGAUUCAGCACCUGACAUGCAGGAAGAUCUACCGGACUGGGCCCCAUCCCCGGAUAGAGGGUCCGUGGAUUUACCUUGCGUACCUGGUGUUAGUAAAAAAGAGGAUGGGUCAAGAAUGUACAACAAGAAACAGUAUUGUUUGUACUGCAAGACAGGGUUUCUAAAAAUUUCAAGGCACCUAGAGCGUGCACAUAGAGACGAGCCAGAAGUUGUACAGGCCCUCUCCUUUCCAAAAGGCUCGAAGGGAAGAAGGAUGUGUUUUGAGCAUUUAAGAAACCGGGGCAACUUUACCCACAAUGUUGAAGUUUUAAAUUCUGGCGUUGGAACGCCUGUGCCUUGCAAACGACCAAGAUGCAAAUCUCAAAUGCUAAAUUUUUUACACUGUGCAUUUUGUAAAGGCUAUUUUUUGAAAAACGUCCUUUGGAAGCACAUGAAGACCUGCAAAUUUAAACCUAGUAAUCCACCAAAUCACGGCAAAACGCGUGUUCAGGCUCUUUGUGCACUUGCUGCACCUCCGCCACCUGGAGUGAAGGAACAGUUUUGGAACGUGAUAAACAGCAUGAAUGUUGAUGAUGUUUAUGAAGCUGUCAAGUCCGAUCCUUGCAUCAUGGAAUAUGGGCAACAUUUGUACAACAGGCAUGGACACGAUGCCACUAAACGCUUAUACAUCCGCGAUCAAAUGAGAGCGUUGGGAAGGCUGCUCGUAUGUUCCAGAAAAGCCACUCAUAUGAAAACAAUCAAAGAUCAUAUGCGGCCCUCAAAUUUCAUGCAUGUGGUCCAGGCGACGAAAGACACGGCAGGUUACAACUGUGAGACGGGUACAUACAAAAGCCCAAGCUUGGUGCGCAAAAUUGGACACGGCUUGGAAAGGAUUUCAAAGUUGUUGGAAAGUAGCGCGAAUGUCCGAGGCAACGAUGGUAUUUUAAAAGAUGUCGGGGGGUUCCGUGCAGCGUAUAAAGCCAGGUGGCGAGAACUCCUACCAUCGGCUUCACUCAAAAAAUUGAAGGAGUUCAAGUGGGAAGUUCCUCAGCUGCUCCUCUUCACUGAAGAUGUGCAGAGUCUCCAUUCAUAUUUACAUACUCAGCAACAAGAUCUUUUCCAAAAACUAACCUGGGAAUCCUCCCCCGUGACACAUGGACAACUGACAAAGGUCAUUUUGACCCAAAUCACUUUGUUUAACAGACCAAGAGCUGGAGAAAUCUCAAAAAUGCCACUUUCUGCCUAUUUGUAUUCCAUGCAAUUAAACUCACAGGAGGAUGUGAACGUUGAACUGUCGGAUCUGGAGAGGAGGCUCUUUCAGAAUUUCUGGAGAAUACAAAUAACAGGUAAAGCAGACAGACAGGUUCCUGUACUUUUGACUCCAGUGAUGCUGCAGACAUUGGAUCUUCUUGUCAGAAAAAGAAAGGAAUGUGGGAUUUUACCAGAAAACACUUACCUGUUUGCAAGACCGUCCAGUAUGAUUUUCUACCAUGGUAUUGUCACUCUUCGAAACUUCGCCAAAGUCUCCGGCGCAAAUAUGCCGGAAAACCUGAGCUCCCAAGAAUUGCACAAACAAAUGGGAAUCUUGUCACAGGUCCUUAAUCUCACUCAUACCGAGCUGAAUCAACUCGGUGAUUUCCUGGGACACAGCAUAAACUUGCAACGACAGUUUUACCGAAUUCCUGAGUGGAUUCUCCAGUUAGCGAAAAUUAUCAAACUCGUGGUUGCUCGAGAGGAAGGACGUCUCGCUCAAUUCAAGGGCAAGUCCCUCGACGACAUUGAAAUUGAUCCUGAGGAGAGUGUGCCUUUAUACAGGGACCAGGAUCAAAACCCUGAGGAGCCUCGGGACACAAGGCCAGCCUAUGAGUCAGACCCAUUGGUGAUUCCGGUCACAACGGGACACACUGCGUCGCUUCCAAAUUCCAAGAAUGAUCACGCUGUAAGGGUAAAAGUGCGGCAGAAUUACAAGCGAAAGAAAUGGGACAAACAAGAAGUGGAUGCGGUUGAAAGGCAUAUGAUGUCGUUCAUCACAUCAAGACAACUUCCAGGAAAACAAGAGUGCAGCAACUGCCUUUUGUCGGAGAGGGCGGCCCUGAGAAAUAGAAACUGGCUGGCCGUUAAAUAUUAUGUCAGGAAUCGUAUUCUGGCUCGCAACAGCAAAGUUUAAUCGUCUCCAUGCACUUUGUUUUUUGUAUUUACACGGAAAAAAUGUUGGGACACCAAUUGUUGAUGGAAGUAAACCACAAUGUGUUUGGUUUUAAAUUGUUUCAAUAGAAUUAUUUUCAAAGCCAGA